UCGACGACGGCGUCAUGGCGGAGGCCGGCUGUUGUAAGACUCACGGCUGAAAUGCCUGCUAUCUUUUCCAUAUUUUCUGUUUGCGAAAUACAAAGAAGUGUUUUAAAUUUCAAAGGACGACAUUUUUGAGUUGGGGAAAAGGAGCCUAAAAACUUGGCUCAGCAUAAAGUUGGAUUGUUUUGGGCUGCUCUCACGGGGAGCUAGCUAGCUAGCUAGCUACCGUUAGCUGCUAACGUUAGCUAGCAUACGAAAACAAGAAAAGGACGUCGGACUUGGACAGUGAGCUGAGUGGCAGCCCGCUGGAGCCAGGUGAGCUUCACUGCAUAGGGCUGGAGGUUUAGAACAUCUGAGAACCUAAUUAUACAUAGACACAAACAUUUGGUUGUUUUGGAAACCCGAAAUAUUUGACCCACAGACAUGGAUGGCCGCAGUGAAGAUGAAAGUGUGAGCAACAGCAGUGGAGAAUCCAGUAACUCUGAUGAUGAAUCUGGAUCUGGAUCUGGGUCUGGGUCUGGAUCUGGUUCUAGCUCCAGCAGUAGUAGCUCCAGUAGCAGCCAGUCAGGGAGCAGCAACUCAGGAAGUGGCUCAGACUCAGACAGCCAGUCUGACUCUGACUCUGAAAAAUCCAAGGAGAAAAAUAAUCAGGACAACAACCCUGCCAAGAUUGAUGCAGCAGAAUUUUGGAAGUCAAAUCCCAGUAUCCUGGCAGUGCAGAAAUCAGCCAUGCUCAGGAAACAGCAGCUCCAGCAGCAGCAGCAGCAGCAGCAGAGCUCUUCAAACAGUGACUCUGAUGAGAACUCCUCUAGCAGUGAUGACUCAGAUGAUGACUCGUCAAGGAAGCGAAAGAGUAAAGGGUCCGGUUCAUCUUCUGACUCGGGGUCUGGGUCUGGCUCUGGAUCAGGGAGUGGCUCUUCUGAUUCUUCAGCUGAGGAAGAAGAGGAGAACAGUGAAGAGUCAGUUUCAGACUACGAGCCCAGCCACAAAGUCAAAAGCCGGAAGCCACCUAAGAAGACCAAUGCCAGAAAUGGGAAAAAGAGCAAGGCUCCCAAAAAGAAGCCCUCAGGCUCUUCAUCAGAUGAGGAGGAUGACUAUAAGAAGGCUUUGGCAGGUCCCCGGCGACAAGCCACGGUCAACGUAAGCUACAAAGAGGAUGAAGAGCUGAAAACAGACUCAGAUGAUCUGGUGGAGGUGUGUGGUGAGGAUGUGCCCCCACCUGAGGAAGAUGAAUUUGAAACUCUGGAGAAAGUGAUGGGCAUGAGAAUAGGACGGAAAGGAGCCACUGGGGCACACACCACAGUCUAUGCUGUUGAGGCUGAUGGAGACCCCAAUGCCAACUUUAAUCCUAACAAGCAAGCAGGAGAUGUGCAGUACCUGAUCAAAUGGAAGGGCUGGUCACACAUCCACAACACCUGGGAGACCGAAGAGACACUAAAGCUGCAGAAUGUCAAGGGUAUGAAGAAACUGGACAACUUCAAAAAGAAGGAGCAGGAGAAGAAGAAGUGGCUCAAAGCAGCCUCACCUGAGGACGUGGAGUACUUCAACUGCCAGCAGGAGCUCAUGGAUGAUCUGCAUUCACAGUAUCAGCUAGUGGAGAGAAUUAUUGGCCAUUCGAAUCAGAAGUCGGCAGCGGGCUACCCGGACUACUUGUGCAAAUGGCAGGGGCUUCCCUACUCUGAAUGCAGCUGGGAAGACGGCGCACUAAUUGCCAGAAAGUUCCAGAAGUGCAUAGAUGACUACAUGAGCCGGAAUCAGUCCAAAACGAUCCCUUUCAGAGACUGCAAGGUUUUAAAACAGAGGCCGCGGUUUGUGCCCAUGAAGAAGCAGCCUCAUUAUAUUGGCGAUGAUGGACUCGAACUACGGGACUACCAGUUGGAUGGCUUAAACUGGAUGGCACAUUCUUGGUGCAAGGGGAACAGUUGUAUUCUAGCAGAUGAGAUGGGCCUGGGAAAAACCAUUCAGACCAUCUCAUUUUUGAACUACCUGUUCAACGAGCACCAACUCUAUGGACCUUUUCUGCUGGUGGUUCCCUUGUCUACCCUCACCUCCUGGCAGAGAGAGAUUCAGCUUUGGGCCCCACAGAUGAACGUGGUGGUCUAUCUGGGCGAUAUCAACAGUAGGACCAUGAUUAGAACACAUGAGUGGAUGCAUGUGCAGAACAAGCGGCUAAAGUUCAACAUCCUCCUCACUACAUAUGAAAUUCUUUUGAAAGAUAAGUCAUUUCUGGGGAACGUGAGCUGGGCUUUCAUUGGUGUGGAUGAGGCCCACAGGCUGAAAAAUGACGAUUCUCUGCUAUAUAAGACCAUGAUCGACUUCCGGUCCAAUCACCGGCUCCUUAUCACAGGAACACCUUUGCAGAACUCUCUCAAAGAGCUUUGGUCUCUUCUCCACUUCAUUAUGCCAGAGAAGUUCCACUCAUGGGAGCUGUUUGAGGAAGAGCAUGGUAAAGGCAGGGACUCUGGCUACACCAGCCUGCACAAGGAGCUGGAGCCCUUCCUGCUGCGCAGAGUCAAGAAGGAUGUUGAGAAGUCACUGCCUGCCAAGGUGGAGCAGAUCCUCAGAGUGGAGAUGAGUGCCAUACAGAAACAAUACUAUAAGUGGAUCCUGACAAGGAACUACAAGGCCCUGAGUAAAGGCACUAAAGGGAGCACGUCAGGCUUCCUCAACAUCAUGAUGGAGCUGAAGAAGUGCUGUAACCACUGCUACCUCAUCAAACCACCAGAGGACAACGAGUUCUACAACAAAACAGAGGCUCUGCAGCAUCUGAUCCGAAGUAGUGGGAAGCUGGUCCUCCUGGACAAGCUUCUGGUGCGGCUGAAGGAGCGUGGCCACCGUGUGCUCAUCUUCUCGCAAAUGGUCCGGAUGCUGGACAUCCUGGCCGAGUACCUGAAGAGUCGCCAGUUUCUUUUCCAACGAUUGGACGGUUCCAUCAAAGGCGAAAUGAGGAAGCAGGCAUUGGAUCAUUUCAAUGCAGAAGGCUCUGAGGAUUUCUGCUUCCUCUUGUCCACGCGAGCGGGAGGCCUUGGCAUUAACCUAGCCUCUGCAGACACUGUGGUCAUCUUUGACUCGGACUGGAAUCCUCAGAAUGAUCUGCAGGCCCAGGCCAGAGCUCAUAGGAUAGGGCAGAAGCGACAGGUAAAUAUUUAUCGUCUGGUCACUAAAGGAUCUGUGGAGGAAGAUAUCAUUGAGCGAGCCAAGAAAAAGAUGGUGCUGGACCACCUUGUGAUUCAGAGGAUGGACACCACAGGGAAGACUGUCCUUCAUACUGGUGCUGCCCCCUCCAGUUCCACCCCUUUUAACAAAGAGGAGCUGUCUGCCAUUUUGAAGUUUGGUGCUGAAGAACUCUUCAAAGAGCCAGAGGGAGAGGAGCAGGAGCCCCAGGAGAUGGAUAUUGAUGAGAUUCUGAAGAGAGCAGAGACUAGGGAAAAUGACCCUGGCCCAUCUACAGUAGGAGAAGAACUUUUAUCACAGUUCAAGGUGGCAAACUUCUCUAUGAUGGAGGAGGAGGAGAUAGAUAUGGACACAGACAGCAAUCAGAAGAACUGGGAUGAAAUCAUCCCAGAAGAGCAGCGGCGGAGGUUGGAAGAGGAGGAAAGGCAGAAAGAACUAGCGGAGAUCUACAUGUUGCCGCGCAUGAGGAAAUGUGCCAAGCAGAUAAGCUUCAACGGAAACGAUGGCCGACGCAGUCGGAACAGAAGAUACUCUGGCUCGGAUAGUGACUCUGCCUCAGACCGAAAGCGGCCCAAGAAGCGAGGCAGACCUCGAACUAUUCCACGAGAGAAUAUCAAGGGCUUCAGUGAUGCUGAAAUCCGGAGAUUUAUCAAAAGCUACAAGAAAUUUGGUGGGCCUUUGGAAAGGUUGGAUGCUAUUGCACGGGAUGCUGAUCUGGUAGAUAAAUCGGAGCAUGACCUGAGGCGGCUGGCGGAGACUGUGCACAAUGGCUGCCUGAAAACCCUGAGGGAAAACCCCUGUGGACCAGAGAAGACCUCAGGAGGCAGGAGAGGAAAGGUGAAAGGACCCACCUUCAGGAUUUCAGGGGUUCAAGUAAAUGCUAAGCUAGUAAUCUCACAUGAGGAGGAACUGGCACCACUGCACAAGGCCAUUCCUGCAGACCCAGAGGAGAGGAAGAGGUACAUGCUUCCUUGCCAUGCAAAGGCAGCUCAUUUUGAUAUUGAUUGGGGUAAAGAGGAUGAUUCCAGUCUGCUUAUUGGGAUUUAUGAAUAUGGCUAUGGGAGCUGGGAAAUGAUCAAGAUGGACCCAGACCUCAACCUCACCCACAAGCUUUUACCAGAUGACCCUGAUAAAAAGCCACAGGCCAAACAGCUUCAGACACGAGCUGACUACCUCAUCAAAUUACUCAGCAAGGAUCUCGCCAAGAAGGAGGCCCAGCGGCAAACGGGCACGGCAAACUCUCGAAAGAGGAAACCCCGGGGGAAGAAGAACAAAGCUGUGAAACCGAAGGUUGACGAAGUGUCCAACAGCCUGUCCUCUGCUCCUCCCUCAGAGAAGAGCUCAGAGGAUGAGGAAGACAAGGAGGAGGAAAAGGAAUCGCCUCCAGUCAAACCACUGCCCACAAGAAGGGGGAGAGCCUCUGAUCGCGUGGUGAAGGAGGAGGAGGAGGAGGAGGGGGAGGAGGAGGAGGAGGAGGAGGAGGAGGAACCAGAGCCAGAACCCCACAUCAGAGAGCCAGAGGAGAAGGAAACAAAAGAGAGGGAGGUGAAGAAAGAGGUGAAAAGGGAGGAAGGCCGUGACGGCAAAGAAAAGAAGGAGCUAAAAGAGAAAAAGGAGAACAAGCCUGUGGAACCUGUGCACCGGGUGGAGGAGCCUGCAGAGAAGAUUCUGGAGCUUAAAGCUGAAUCGCGGGAAAAGGGCAAAAAGGCCGAUUUCCCUAUACACAUUACAGCAGGGGGAGAAAAUGUUCCGGUUUUGGAGGAAUCGGAAGAGCUUGACCAAAAGACCUUCAGCGUGUGUAAGGAACGCAUGCGACCAGUGAAGGCAGCCCUGAAGCAGCUGGACCGUCCUGAGAAAGGCCUUUCAGAGCGUGAGCAGCUAGAGCACACACGCCAGUGCCUGAUCAAAAUUGGAGACCACAUCACGGACUGUCUAAAAGAGUACACCAACCCUGAGCAGAUCAAGCAAUGGAGGAAAAAUCUUUGGAUAUUUGUUUCCAAAUUCACGGAAUUCGAUGCAAGAAAACUGCACAAACUGUAUAAGCAUGCAAUCAAGAAAAGGCAGGAAAACGCCCAGGUGGCGGACCAAAACACUAGCACUGUAAAUACACAAGCCUUUAAACACACAGACAUUGAGAGGUUAAAGGAGUCCCAGCAGGACGAGAGCAGCAGGGAUAGCUACAGCUCGGAGCGGCACCACUCAGCCUCGCGUAGUCAUGAACAGGGUAAAGAGCGCCACCCCAGUGACUCUUACAGGAAGGGCUCAGAUACCAGGAAGAGGCCAUAUACCUCCUUCAGCAAUGGCAAGGACCACCGCGAGCGUGACCACUACAGAGAGCGCCAAGACAGCAGAUACUACAGCGACAGCAAGCAUAGGAAGCUAGAGGAUCACCGCUCCAGUCGAGACCAUUGGUCAGACAGUAGCUCCAAGGACCGGCUGCACUCAGAGCACCGUUCCCACACGGACCACCGGUCCCAUUCGGAACAUCGAUCCAGUUCCGACUACAGUCACCACAAGCCCUCUCGAGACUACCGCUACCACUCGGACUGGCAGAUGGAUCACCGGGUGUCAGGGAGUGGGCCCCGUUCCCCUCGAGACCAGCGUUCACCCUAUGACUCGCGCUCACCCAUGGGCCACCGCUCGCCCUUCGAGUACUCAUCUGACCACAAGAGCACGCCCGAGCAGGUCUGGGGCAGCCGCAAGACAUAGCGUCUCAGUCAGCCAUAGACAACUCAAACGCAGGAAAUGCCUUAUGGGACUGUCGGCCGCUGUACUGCGCAUGGGAUCCUCUUCAGGCCCCGUGCCCUCCUCUCCCUUUCUCACCUGUCCUCUCUUCUCCAGGCUGACUUUGACUAGCUGGAGAACGAACACAAAUGGCAUAUUUUUGUAUUUAAGAGUCUUUUCUUGCACCUUUUCUUAGGUGCAGCAGUGUAAUGUUUUUGUUUUUUUUUAAUUAUUUUUAUAAAUUGACUACUCCCACCCCCCCCACCCCCCAUUUUUUCCCCUUUAUUUGGACACAAGAAUCCCAUGCUCACAUAUUGUACCGCCAUUUAACACUGGAUCCUGGCAUUGACCUUAUCAUAUUUGCAAUGUACUACAGCCCUUGACUUUUUUUUUUAAGACAAGUGUUUGAGCAGAGGAAAAUGGCAUAAUAUAUUGCCUUUAUGAUGCAGAGGUUUUUUUUUAAAGGGUCUUUCAUCUUAACAGGUCUGAAGGACUGGUGUUCACCUUUCACAGUACCUCGUUUACAAUGUUCUCUUGUGACCACCCUGCCGACUUUUUCUGUGUUUAUUUUUCCAUCAUGUUUGAAUUAUUUAAUUCUCUCAGCUGUAAAAAAUCUGGAUUCUGUUUUAUGAGCAUCUGAAAAUGUCCCUCUCACAAAUUGUACUACUGUAAAUUAUUGUAUAAAAGUAAAUCAAAUGGGCUUUUUCUUCUCAGGCUUUUAUUUUUUCCUCUUUGACCUAGAUGUUCCCUUUCCCCAUCAACUCAGGCUUUUUUGUCAGUUGUGUUAACAGUUUGGUUUCCAUAUGACAGUCUAUCUAAAUGAUACUAUUUGGAAUGUAAAUUGGGGAAUGGGGAAACUAUUCCAUUUGUGUAUUCCUGUCUAGGGGCUUCCUUUGGUCUCUCUUUUUGGUUAAUUCAGUUAAUGUGUAAGUUUAGCAAACAGCCUCAUAUUAGCUACAUCAUGUAAUAAAAACAGUGUGAGGGGUUGAGUAUAGCUAGAGGCACUUAUUUGAACUUGAAUUAGGAUUUUUUUGUUUUUUAAAGGAAUUCCACCUUUGUCUUUUUAUAAAUAUAAAUAUAUAUAUAAAAUGUAGGCAAUAAUGUAAAAUCUUCUAUGCAGCCCAAGUGUAUUUCUGGUGAACGGCCUGAUCAAGUCAAAAUGCUGUUACAGUACACACUGUAUAUAGAUCUCCUCUAUAUUUCAAAUCAAAUUUACACUGAAAAUGCAUGAAUUUUUAAAAAUUGUUUUAUAUAAUUGUUUAUAAAGUCAUUAAACUCAAAUCACUGUUUUCAC